AUGGUUGACAAAAUCGAUAUGAGUUUGGAUGACAUCAUCAAGUCUGGAAAGAAGCAACGAGGUUUUGCUGCUGGCGGAGCAGUACGUAACUAUGGUGGAAACAAAAGAGGCGGUCGUGGGGGAGGAAUUACUCGCAACUCUGGUGGAGGUGCUUGUCGCAGCGGAGGCAGUGCAUCAGCUGGAGGAAGUCUAUCGUUUAAGAGAAAACAAAGUGGUGGCUUUCAGAACGGUCGCAGUCGUGGUGGUGCUAUUGUCAGACCAUACACCAGGGGAGAUGUCAAUAGUGCUUGGAAACAUGAUUUGUUCAAGGGCUUUGGCCUACGCACACUUGCAGCUGUCAAAGCCGCUGUUUAUCAGCAGCAGCCAGCCUCAGGUCCAACAAGGCUUUUUCUCUCCAACCUAUAUUUCGGUGUAUCAGACUCUGAUAUUCAGGAAUUGUUCGCCGAGUUUGGCCCACUAAAACGUGCAGCAGUCCACUAUAACAGAUCAGGCUGGUCUUUAGGCACUGCCGAUAUUGUCUUUGAGAGGAAAAUGGAUGCCCACAAAGCCCUGAAACAGUACAAUGGAGUGUCAUUGGAUGGCCGUGCAAUGAUCAUCCAAAUAACCACAUCAGAGAUGUUUCCAUUGAGGAGCAGCAGGAGAACGCCACCAGCUGAGAUCAAAUACACUAAACCUAGUACACUUCGAGCCAGGAGUAGACCUACUAGAGGUACCAGAGGGGGUAGAGGAGCUGCACGUAACGCCAAAGCUCCAAGGAAAUCAGCGCCCACAGCGGAAGAGCUGGACGCUGAACUUGAUGCUUACAUCAAAGAGUUGUUGUAA